AUGUCUCCUCUAGAGAAACGCGCCCGUACGUACGAUGAGAUGUCGAGGGAAACAAGUGGGAAAGAGUACGCAGGUGAGCAGGGGUCCCUUCAAAAGCGUGAGCUCCUUUUUGACGCUGCCUCAAGCUCACCAUCGCCUGCAGUGUGUGACCAGUGCCGAAUCAAGAAAAUCCGAUGUGGGAGGGAAAAGCCCUUCUGCGCCAAUUGCACACGUCUAGGCCAGAAGUGUGAGUGGUCUGGUAAUGGCAAGAAGGGCAAUCAAACAGCUCUACUGAGCCAUACAAUCGAAGGCUUGAGUAAACGUCUGGAAACUUUAGAGGCUGCAUUGGCGGAGACGCAAAACACAGUCAAGCGCCUCGUUUCGGGAACGUCGACUAGUGUAGAUGCUGCGCUCGAGACGUUCCAGGGUAACCACAGCUGGCCCACCCCUGAGGACAGCACUCUGGUGACUUAUGAGGCACCAACAUUCAAGAGACCUCUUGGCCACUUUCUCAAUGGCCAAAAUGGUGAAACGGGCGAAAGAUACUUCGAACCUACAUCGACGGCGUCAUUGUUGUAUGAUAUGAGAGAUCUCGUUCUCGAGCCCCUCAUCAAUAGCGAGCCUGAGAAUGAGGGUUUAAGGGAAUGCGCUCUGUUAGCACGUAAAAGGUUCGACCUCUUGGUAUCACGGGAAGAAGUGGUUAGCCGGGGCGGAACACUUCCUACAGCGCCUCCCAUUUCUAUACUGAAGGCUAUGGUCGAGCCGUACUUUGCCACUAUUAACCCGCAAUUUCCCAUCUGGACCAAAGCGUCGUUCAAUCGCAUCACCACGGCAUUGGAAGAGAUAGACUCUUCUGGCCAAGACCUGGGACUGGUUGUAUGCUCCAAUAAUCUGAUUCUCAUGACUUUAGCAGCGACCAUGUUAAGGGCUCCAUCGCAUCCAAGCAAGCCAAGGUCGGCCCGCAAUAGCUCAUCUAUCGAUCUUGAUCUCAUAAAGGGGUUCCUUGCAAAUGCACGGAGAGCAAUUGAGCAUGCAGAACUUCUUUUGUCGCCUCGGCUUGUCAAUGUCCAGGCCCUCCUAUCAUUGUGUGUGGUGGCGCAGGAACAUAUGUCCCAGGGUGUUUUUGCCAGACUUUUUAACCUAACUGCGCAGUGCGCAAAGUCCAUUGGCCUUCACGACUGGGAUAGAAGCUUUCGAGGGUACGUAGGAUCUGAGGAUAGUCGGGAGAGGCAAUGCGUAUCCUACUGCUUAUAUAUCCUCGAUAAGGCGGUCUGUUGGACAGUCGGUACAUCUCCAUGCAUCUUAUCAUCUGACGUAUACCUUGAUACGAUCCCAAAGUUGUCCGACAACGAGUGUACGGGCGAGUUGGUGGCGAGAGCAAAGCUAGCCGAGAUCCAGGAAACCAUUCAUUUUGAGAUUUACGCCUGUCGGGCUCCCGCGAGAACUGAAGAUCAGGUGCGGCAACUGAUAUCUGAAUAUGAUCAGAAGUUACAGAACUGGUUAAGUGACUCCGCCGUUGAUCUAGAAGAUAUCGAGAGUCCUAUUUCUCCGAGCACUACGCCAGGAAUCGAGCUAUCUGUCGGGUUUGCUUCUACGCAAUUGCUAUAUAUGUGGCCAUUUCGAGAGCACCCUGAUAUCGCCACCCGGCAGACAGAAGUUGCCAAGAAAUGCAUGGGGCUUUUAUUGCGUUUAUGGCGGUCCACAGCAGAGCUUGGGUAUCAUGGAGUAUUUCCACGAAUUGUUGCGUCUCAUUCACCCCUUUAUCUUUUCGAGACAUGCGCGCACAUUCUGAGGAAGGGAAAGGGGCAGGACUCAGAUAUAGAACUUUUUCAAUCGUUCACUGAAAUGCUCCGAGACAUAACAGAGUUGAGAGAGGACGAUUCCUAUAAUCGACAGUUAUGGGAAAUUUGCACGACCCUUUUGGAUGUCAUCGCGGCAAAGAAGACGCAACGGAAACGGCGAAAAACGCAACACACCCCGGUAUCUGCAUUGUCGCCCAUGUCAUCUGUAGUCGUGCCACCACCCACACAUCGCACAUCUUUGAAUAGCCCGUCGGAGAUGAAUUCUAGUAACAAUGCCUCCCCACCAGCCCAAAGCGACUCCCAGAGUUGUAAUAAUCUGGUAGUAUCGGGGUUCGAAUCACUAAUAUCUCCACCAAAUUCUCGCAUUGGACCAGAUGAUCAUCUAGUUACGUUAAUGGGGGCUAUGGAAAAGGUACCAUUCGAGCCAUUUGACCUCUCUGGGUAUGGCGGGACUCAUAUUCCAAGGGGUGAAAGUCUUGUAGAGAAAGAGAUGUGGUGGGAAUGA